AUCUGCACCAACACACUGAAUCAAACGCACCCUGAGGACCUGAGGGGGGGAACCCAGAGUCCUGGUCAGUCCUCAGGGGAUCCAACACGUGGUCUGAGGACCUUUGAGAGGACUGGAUAAGUCAACACAGAAGGCUGCUUCCUGUUUCCACCCUGACCGUCGUCUGAACACAAGACAUCCAAACCACAAUCACAGCAGCUGCUGAGCAUUCAGACUUCUCACCACAAACACUGCAGGUUGAGCUCCUGAUGAUGCCUUCUUCCUCCAACUCCAGCUCUGUAGGAGCUGAGGAGGGGAAGCAGUGCAUCCUCAAUGACCAGAUGGGACCCUUCACCGUCCUCUACAUCCUCAUCUUCAUCAUCAGUCUGCCUGGAAUCCUGCUGUCUCUGUGGACCUUCAUCCGCAGCCCCAGAGCCAAGCAGAGCACCAGCGUGUACCUGGUCAACCUGCUGGUGGCCGACCUGCUGCUGCUGCUCGCUCUGCCCUUCAAGAUCCUGAAGGACCUUGGGGCGGCGCCGUGGAGCCUCAUGGUGUUCCACUGCCAGGCCAGCGGCGUCACCAUCUACAUCAGCCUCUACGCAUCCAUCGCCUUUCUGGCCCUCAUCAUCACUGACCGCUACCUGCAGGACUGCCAAACUCUGCGCUCUCUACGGCUCCAGGAGGUCGGCUUCGCCCGGCUGCUGUCGGUGGUCAUCUGGCUGCUGCUGCUGCUCAUCAUGGUGCCCAACAUGGCUCUGCCCAUACAGCAAGUACAGGAGCGGCGGUACCUCAGCUGUUCAUCUCUGAAGAAUGACAUCGGCCUCCACUGGCACGCCCUGACCGUCUUCCUCUGCACAGCUUUGUUCCUCAACGCCUCUGUCGUCGUGCUCCUCUCCAGCGGCCUGGCUCUCAAAAGACUCCUGCGCAGCCGCAAAGACCCCAAACUCUGGGUUGACGCCCGGCAGGCAGCAGUGAGCCUGGCGGCCAUGGUGUUGGCCUAUAUCCUCUGCUUCGUGCCUUACCACGUUGUCAGGACGCCGUACACGUUGGCCCAGACCGAAGUCAUCACGGAUUGCCACACCAAGAGGCAGCUGUUUCUAGGGAAGGAGUCGACGCUGCUGCUGAGCGUGCUCCACCUCUUCUUCGACCCCCUGCUCCUCUACCACCUCCACACACAGUUCAGACAGACAGUUCGCAAGAUGUUCCCCUGCAGCAGGGAGCAGACGAUCAGUGACACAGAGGAACAGGCUGCAGAGGAAAUGAUGGAACCUGCAACUUCCGCGCAGCAAGAGGACGCCGUCUAACCACAGAUGUUCUGUUCAUAUCUAACGCAG